AUGUAUUACGAUUCGAAUAGCGCAGCAAAGAAAAUCUGCACAAUCGUUGUUGCUUUUGUGUAUGGGUUGCAAGCAUAUAUUAAUGUAACUAGUGGCGAAGGGUGCGCGCGCACAUUUUGUGAAAGAAAGAAAAAUGUCAAAGAAAUAAAAAGCGUUGCAAAAAAUAUUUUCACUGUUUUGGAAGAAUCAGAAGAUUUAAAUGCCAACGCGAUCAGCUGUGAUUUCGCUACAAAUACGCGGCUGCUGUUCAUCAUUAUCAUCACCACAUUCGCUUUUUUAGCGAAUCUCAAAAGUUGUGAAAAUGACUCGACGAUGAUCGAUGAGGUAACCGUCGGUGCGGGACAAAUGGUGAUUCCAGACAUAAAUAUGAACACUUUAGAUAUGCGACAGCAACCAAACAGGCGAAUAAAGAAAAGAAAAGACUGCGCACAGCAAAAGCAAAGCAUGAGAGUUCAGUUCGAAUUGAGACUCCAAUCGGUUAACUUGUGCGCGACGAGAUCUAUAACAACAAUGCCUCCGAUCGCUAGGCAUUUGAUUACACUUUACGACGUUGCUGAUCAUUUAACAAGAAUUGUUUCUAAGUGCGAUGAAAAGUCACGAUUUUUCGAGCAAUACCAAUUGGCUUGUGUCUUAUUCAGUUCGUUAUUGAGAAUAAUCUCUACGCCAACUAGACAGCUUCAUGGUGAUGAAAUGCAAGAAAAUGAUGAUUGUGAAUUAAAAAGAAAUCAAAAUACAUUUGUGGAGUGUGGAAAUAAAUACGAGAAAGAAGCUAAAACGCAACAAAUUAACAAACUUUUAUUCAAUUUCUAUAAACAGUGAUGGACGCGAGAAGUGAAGAAACCAAAAAUAAAAACAGUUGAAUUCUUUUAAAUAUUAAAUUAGCUAACAAUUCAGAA